GUUCAUAUAAUCAUUCAAAGAAUUUGACAAUAUAAAUUAAUAUUAUAUAUUAUUACGAUCAUGAUUCAUGACAAAUAAAAUUUGUUAAUUGCACAGACCUGAAAUCAUAGUGUAUGUAUUAUUACACACUUGUGUUUAUCACAGUCUCGUAUUAUCGCUCCCGCGAAGAAAAGAGGCUCGUUAUCGUAGUAGUUAUACUACAAAUAUUUCAUCAGCAAUAAGAGCUCGUUUUCGUUAUCGCCCGGCGUUUUUAUUUUUUUUUAGCUCUUUUAUGGUCAUUGAUAAUAAUUUUUUCGAAUCGUUCCCACACGUUCAACGACCGACGUCGAUAUUAUUUCAACACGUCGCUCGCGCACGCACAGCGGAACGCAAACGCGUUUUUCGUCCGACUGUCGGUAGUAUCGAUUAUAGUCCGUCACAUCCGUCUCAGCUGCACCAUGAUCAAGUCCAAUGCUAACCUGUCCCGAACGUGCCUGUUGAAAAAUUCCCGCGCGCCGUUCAACAGUCGACGGCCGCUGGCCACCAAACCGGUGCCCGUGAAAAUGUCGUACUCGUCGUAUCCGCCAGAAUCGACUGCCGAUGAUCGACAGAAGCCGCCGGUCAUCAUCAUGCACGGGUUGUUUGGUUGCAAGACCAACUGGAACAGUUUGUCCAAAUCUUUACACAACAUGACCCACAGGAGGGUGAUUUCUGUGGAUGCAAGAAAUCAUGGAGACUCGCCACAUACAACAGAACAAUCAUAUCCACUUAUGGCUGAAGAUGUUAAAUUUUUAAUGACAGAUGUCUUAAAGGUAGAAAAAGCUUCAUUGAUUGGACAUAGUAUGGGUGGUAGAGCAAUGAUGUACUUAGCAGUCAUCUAUCCAGAAAUGGUGGAAUCCUUAAUACCUGUUGAUAUAUCACCAGUCAACAGUAAAGAAGUAAGCGAUAUUCGAAUUGUUAUAAAUGCUUUGAGAAGUGUUGAUUUAAAUAUUAAUGGACCAAUAUCAAAAAUUCGAAAAUUAGCUGAUGAACAAAUGAAAAGUUCAAUUGAAAGUCCAGUUCUCAGACAGUUCCUUUUAAGUAAUCUUAUUCAAUUGGAUGACAAAUUUCGAUGGCGUUUAAACUUACAAUCAAUCAGCGAUAAUUUUGAUAAUCAUAUUUCUUUAUUUCCACCUGUGCAAUCUAUCUAUCAAGGUCCAACAUAUUUUAUUGGAGGUGGAGAUUCAGUCUUUUUAAAACCAGAACAUCAUGAAACUAUUAAACUUAUAUUUCCUUCAGCUAAAUUUGAUUAUAUACCAGGUGCUGGUCAUUGGUUACAUGCUGAAAAACCUAAUGAAUUUUUGAAAUUAGUAACUCAGUUCUUAGCUACAUUAUGAAAUUAUAAUUUUGAUAAUUAAUUA